UAUCGAACUCAAACCCAACAUGGUUCGAGCUACGUUCGAGGGCUCGGCUGGACCCUCCAAUCCAAGAAACAUACUUGGGUAAUUGCAUUAGGUCUGGUGUGGUGAUUGCUGAGAAGACUGAUUUGAUGAGAGAAGUAGCCGUGGCUGCACAGUUGAUAAGAAAUGUGGUUCAUGAUAUAGACAAAGGAAUUUUGAGAGGCAUGGAACAUAGCGUUUCAGACUUGUUGGAGAUGCAGUAUAGUAGAAUUUUGGCAGCAGCAGGGUCAUCACAGUUAGGGUUUUACAAGAUAGAUUUUGAGUUUGGGAAGCCAAAGAAAGUGGAGAUGGCAUCCAUUGAUAGAACAGGAGCCAUGUUUCUGAAAGAGAGCUCUAAUGAAGGUGGUGGGAUUGAGUUUGAUUUGGUUUUUAAUAGAAAGGAAAUGGAUGCCUUUGUUUCUGUGUUUGUUGGUGGGCCUAAUGUUCUGAGUGAGCAUUCUUUACGUGUGUUGCAGCGUGCAUUUUAA